AUGCCGUCCGCGCAGUCAGCAGCCAAAGUGGAGCGAGAGAAGAAGCUGAAGGCAGUCCUCACAUUCGCCUCGACGCUCAGCAAGCGCAUAGAAGCCGGCAACCAUGCGACAAUCAUUGGUGAGCUUCAGGCUCAGAUUCCCGGAUUGCCACUCAAAACCUCAUCUGCCGUCACCGCGAGGCAGGAAGAAGUCGACAGGCUGGGAACAGAGCUUUGGAAUCAAGCUACGCGCUUGCGACGCGACAUUUCCGAGGUCAAUAAUCAGCCGAAGGAUUCAGCGGCAGACAAGACCAACGUGGUGCCUUUCCUCCGUGCGUACGCAUUCCUACUCCUCGACUCAGCUGGCGGUCGCGGACCAAACAACGUACGCCAGCGCAAGAGCUGCAUCCGUCUCAUGAAGGUUGCACUGAAAGCUGCAAGAGUGUGCAUCGAGGCGAAUGAGUUGAUUAUCGCGACAGACCUACUCAAGCUCGCUGCUGAGUACGAAGACGUUCUGAGCAAGGGACCCGACGACAAGCCUGAGAAAGACACCGAGCUCGCAGACGGCCUACGCGCGCAGUACUUCGCUGUGCGGAUGACUUUGUCGUGGCGUCAAGAUCAGAUGGGCAUGGCAGAGCAUAUGUUCGAGAAGUGCAGACAAGUCAGGAAAAGCUUUACCUCUACCACCACUGAGCAGCUUGCGGAUCUGCUGUACGAGAUCGGGAAGGCUUUGUUGGCGAAGCGCGAUUAUGAGGUUGCUACGAGAUGGCUAGAACGUGCAUUCGAUGUUCUUGGGGAGCAAGAUCUCGACAUGCUCAGCCCGGAGAUUGGCGAGCUGAGACUCAGCAUCAUGCAAAGUCUUGUCAAGGCGUAUAUGAAGACUAAGACGCCUAUUACCCAAGAGAAGGCAUGGCAGAUGGUGAAGUUGAUGGAGACUGACUUCGGGGAUAAGAUGAUUGUCUCAUUGCUGAAGAUCGAACUGCUGUCCGAAGCCGAAACCAUGGACACGUCCGAGUUCUAUAAUGGCGAGCUACUUAGACCUAUCCGCCAUCAUGCGCUAAUUCCCAUAGUCCUUCUGCGCAUGAUCCGUACCAUCGUGCUGAACGAUACAAACUUCAAAACCAUCAUGCACUACAUUCAUAAGCUCAAAGAACACAGCAACGCGACCGCCUGUAAGGUACUGGACGACCUGAUCGAUAUCCGCCUCUUUCGGGAGGAAAACCAGUCUUGGAUCGAGAAGGCAGUCAUCACGCGUAUCUGGAUUGGGAUCAACAACAGUCUGUCAGAAAACUCGCUCGAGCAACUCAUUGAUCUUUUCGAUACCGUGGCGCAGAACUCCAAAGUUUCGCUCUCUGCGCCUGCCACACAUGCUGCGCAAACCCUCUUGUGGAAGAAGGUGGAGGCCGCGUCCAGCCAGGAACAACAUGACAUCGCUGAGGCUUGGUGUCGAGCAUGCCUUCAUGACAUCUUCGAGAAGGCCGGCGUUCAGAACAAAACCAAGGUUGCGAGGAAGAUCAUACAGUGCGCCUUGUCACGUCAAGAUUUCGAAGCUGCUCGAGAAGUGCACGCCAAGAUGCCUGAGAGUGGUAAAGACGACCCAGUAACUCGCUACCUCAUGUACAAGGCAGGUCUGCGAGGCGGCGAUGAGAUCUUCGCUGCUGAAUGUCUCGAUUAUGUCUGUCGGAGUUCCGCGAAAGACGCUACCCUACUUUACGCUUGCGUCAUGGAGGCUCAGAGUGCGGGGAGCAAAAGACAGGCUAUCAAUGCUCUCGAGAAGGUUCUAGAGAAGUACGAGCAUAGUGCGCCGGCAGGAAUACAUCUCCCUGCGCUCUUACGGUCUACCGCACGUAUGUUGGAGUCCGAGCUUGUUAAAGAUGGCAAUAUUGAUACCAGUAUCCUGGAACAGAUCUGCAACGUCUUUGAGGGAGCAUGCGUUCAAGCCAAAGCAUCUCGUAUCAGGCCGAGCACGCCGGCCAAGGAACUUUUCACAGCCGUGGAAUUUGAGUGGUUUUCUAAGAACGCUUACAACAUGUCGCUGAAGUACUGCGCGGAGAUGUCACCAGGACUUCUGGUCAGGUUGCUCGGCUGCUGCACUGAGUUCAUUAAGCUCCUCCAGGAGAAGACCCAACCAAACCCAGACGGUGAUCUUUGCCUCCGGCUGGUGUUCUGCGAGUUCCUCGCUGCUUGUACCUACACCACCCUGGCCCGCGCAGAGGAUAACACCAAGCAAAGCAUUGGUUACUACCUCGAAGCCCACAAGCAUAGCCAGGAGUUCCGACGCACCGCAGCAGAGAGCAUAAGCAAACUUGGUGGAGCCUCUCAAGACGACAUCAUGUCAAAAUACUUCCAGAUUGUCAAACUGGAGCUCGAAGCUGUCCUAAAGCUUGAGAGAUGGGAUGAGCUUGACGAUCUUUUCGACCAAUGUUGGAAGUACAAGAACCCGGAUCAUUACGAGACUCUUGCAGAUCUCGUUCUAGUCGUGCAUGGCUGCAUCGUGAAAGCAGGACUAGAAAACAAAUAUCAGAAGAGCCGCGACAUCACGAAACUGGCACGCUGGCUUAGAUGCAUGUUCAGCCUUUCACUCGAGUAUGACGAGGAAGUCAGCAUCAAAUGUAUCCAGCAAGUAACGCAUCUCGCUGCGAAGCAGAGAAACACCCUCCAUCCCACCAUCGCGACAGCCGGACUGGAUACACCGCCGCCAUCUUCUGAUUUCGCCACAAACGACGACACUGCAGACCUGGCUGACGAGUGCAUCAAGGAGAUCGACUGCUACCCCAAAAGCGAGCUCGAAUGGCUCGCAAGCACCGCUUUCAAUCGCGCCGUGGACUUUUACCUGUCGGAAGACGAUGUUAAGACGAAGAAAUGGGCAGACCAGGCGUUCAUCGUGGCACAGUGGAUUGAUGAUAAUGGUGCGAUGCGAGAUUUCCUGAUGGACAGGUUCGCGAACCUGAAGUUUGGCGAUGGCGAGGAGUCGGCGGCGGUGCAGCGAGCGGGCUGA